AUGUCAUAUAUUGGCGUUUAUAAAGCCGUGUAUGAUUAUGAUGCACAAGCAGAUGAAGAAUUGACAAUUGCCGCUGAUGAUCUUUUGUAUCUUUUGGAGAAAUCAGACAUUGAUGAAUGGUGGAAAGUUAAGAAAAGAGUUAUUGCAACAGGUAAUGAAAUUGUUGAUGAACCACAAGGUUUAGUACCUUCAAACUAUAUUGAAGAAGCACCAAUAUUGAGAAAAGCAACCGCAUUAUAUGAUUAUGAUAAACAAACUGAAGAAGAAUUAUCAUUUAAAGAAAAUGAAAUUUUCAACAUAUAUGACUUGAGUGAUCCAGAUUGGAUUUUAGUUGGAAAUUUAAAUCAAACUGAAUUCGGGUUUAUUCCUUCAAAUUAUAUUCAAUUAGAUGAGAACCAAGCAACUUCAGCUCAACAACCAAUUCAACAAUCUCAACAACAAGCCAUACCACCAAAACAAAUACCGAUGCCAUUAAAUAAUUUUGCACCACCACCUCAACAUCCCACUAGAUCUUCAGAACACGAAAUACCACCUGAGACUCCAGAAAAGGAUUACCCCAGACAACUUGAGCAACAAAGCCCUUUAAGAAGAGAAUAUCACGAGGAGGAAGUAGGAGGAGAAGAGGAAGAAGAAGAGGCACCUCCACCAAUGCCAUCAAGACCAUCCGAACCAGAGACUAACGUUGGCUCAAGCAGAAAUUACGAAAGGGAAGCAGACGUACAACCGAAUGAAGAUGCGGAACAUUCGUACGAUGGAGAGUUUUUCACUUGGCACAUAGACGAAGUAGACGGAAGAAAGAAAAGACCCAUCAAAGUUUCAAUAGGUCAAGGUCUAGUUAUUAUAAAACCAAACACUCAAAAUCCAAAAAAAUUAAGAUUAAGAUCAGACUCUAAAAUUGAUAAUCAAUGGAGAAUUAGAGAUUUAGUAAGUUUUAAUAAUGAGAAGAAACAUGUAUUCUUAGAAUUUAAAAAUCCACCUGCUUCAUUGGAAUUACAUACAGGAACUAAAGAUGUUGCUGAAGCAAUUAUGGCCAUAUUGGGUGACUUGAAAGGUGCUGAGCAAGCCAAGGGAUUGAAAGAAGUACAACAAGCAUCACAAACAAGUACGGGAGGUGCCAAUAAAAAAAUUGGUAGAUUAAUUUAUGACUUUAAAGCUCAAGGAGACGAUGAAUUGAAUUGUAGAGAGGGAGAUGAAGUCUAUAUCGUUAAUGAAUCUCGAUCUACCGAUUGGUGGAUGGUUCAAAAUGUUGAUACAGGAAGGCAAGGAGUUGUACCAUCGUCAUACAUUGAAGUGAUUAGUACAUCGAAUUUAGAUGAUCUAACUGAUGGACCUUUGAGAAGAAAGUCAACAAAAUCAAAAGGAAAAGUUGUUAAUGGUAGAGACAAACGUCAGUCACGUUCAAGAGGUAGAGAUGAAAGAGAAAGAGUUAGAGAAAAAGAUAGAGCUUAUAGAGAAAAACAAACAUAUGACGAAAACGAUAAAUCAAUGCCUAAUUACCAUCGUGUGAGAACAUGGAUUGAUAGUUCAGGUACUUUCAAAGUUGAAGCUGAAUUUUUGGGAUGUGUAGAAGGUAAGGUACAUUUACAUAAAACAAAUGGAGUUAAAAUUGCAGUUGCAGCUGAAAAGUUAUCAAUUGAGGAUUUAGAAUAUGUUGAAAAAAUCACUGGUACAUCAUUAGAAAAUUAUAAACAAUUAGUUCAAAAGCAAAUGGAAAAAAGAGCUAGAUCAAAAAGUAAAUCUGGAGCAACUGUGUCAGAACCAGAACAUAAAAAGCCACAAUCUGCAACUGCUGCUAUUAACAAUAUUGAACCAUCUCAUCAUUCUAAAUCUCGCCCAACUACUCAAGUUUCAAAUAAUGGAGCACCAGCAUAUGAUUGGUUUGAUUUUUUCUUGUCGUGUGGUGUUGAUGUUGGUAAUUGUCAACGUUAUACAUUAAAUUUUGAAAGAGAACAAAUGGAUGAAAAUAUUUUAGAAGAUAUUUCACCAUCUUUAUUGAGAACUUUAGGUUUAAGAGAAGGUGAUAUCAUCAGGGUAAUGAAAUUUUUAGAUAAUAAAUAUGAUAGAAAGAAAUCAGUUGAACCAGAACAACAACAAUCUGGUGGUUUGUUCUUGGAUACAAAUGGUGCAUUAAAGAACAACUCUGCUACUGAAUUAUCAAAGGUUACUAAAGAUGCUUUACCAUCACCAAUCAAGACACAACAAACACAACUCAAUAAUACAAAUACUCCAUCAAAAAUAGAUGACGAUGCUUGGGCAAUGAAACCAGCAGCAAGAUCAAAUGAAAAUUUAUUAAAAUCAACUCCUCAACCACAGACCCCUCAAUAUACUGGAUCUUUAUCAGACUUGGUCAAUAUUAAACCAAUGGAGAAUAAAUCUGAACCUCAAAAGAGUAAUCAAACUCCGUCUUUACCUCCAUUGCAACCAACCAAAACAGCAAAUUCUGCUCCAGCACCACCACAAGGGGCUAUUCCUUUACCAGCUCAAAGAACAGGAGGUUUUGUACCUGUACAAAGAACAGGUGCAGGUUUACAACCUGUUCAAACUGGCGGUUUUAUGCCUUCACAACCUACAGGUUUCAUACCAAUUACUGCACAACCAACUGGAUUUGUCCCAAUUCAAGCAACAGGUAUACUUCAACCUCAAUUUACUUUUGGAAUUAUCCCAUUACAAACUGGUCAAACUGUUAAUCAACAAAGAACUGGUGGCAAUUUACCACCUCCAACUACAUUUGGACAAUCAUCACAACAACAGCAACAAUCUCAACCAUUCCAACCUAGCUUCAUACCAUUACAAACAGGUCCUAUAACAAUGCCUCAAACAACCUUUGGUUCUCAAAAUACAGGAGGUUUACCACCUCCAACUUCUUUUGGGCAACAACUUCAACCUACAGGUGGUUUUCCACCCACUUCAUUCAAUCAACCUCCAUUGCAGCCAACUCAAAGAACAGGUGGUCAAAUUACAGGAGGAUUCGUUCCGCAAUCAAAUUUUGGAAAACAAAUUACCGGUGGUUUUAUGAACACAAAUACUGUUCCAUUUGGACAAUCACAACAACCUCAAAACAAUAUAUUCCCACAAACUUCUUUUGGUCAACAACAACAAACUGGUGGAAUAAUGCCUCAAACUUCUUUUGGCCAAGCUCAACAACCUACUGGAUUGUUUUCUCAACCAUCAUUUGGACAACCACUACCACAACAGCAACAACCAAAUUUUUUCAAUCAAAACACUGGUGGAUUACCACCUCAAACAUCAUUUGGACAACCUAAUAUGUUUCAACAACAAACAUUUAAUCAACCUCAACAACCUCAAACGAAUCAAAUGACCAAUAUGUUUUCAAAUACAUCGAUCUCAUCGCCUCCUCAAUUCAACUCACAAAUGCCAACAACAAGCUUUGGCAACAAUAACUCGAACUUUGAAGGUUUCAAUUCACAGCAAUUGCAGUCUCAACCAACAGGAAUGGGAUUUGGGAACUCACCUUUACAAACUCAACAAACAGGUAGAAGAGCUAAUUUAGCUGCCGCAACUCCAGAUAAUCCAUUUGGGUUUUGA